AUGGCUGCGUCUAGGGCUUGUGUAACCGCGUCGGAACAGAUUCAUCAGAGGCAGCUGCCGAUCUCCGUCGCCCAAUUCCAAUUGCGGGGGUCGAGUAUCAUGAUUCUUUUUGGUUUCGGGUGUCGAUUCCGCUUCCAGUCGGCAUUCGAUUCGUACUCCGUCGCUUGUGAGGCAUUCUCUGAACACAGCCGUAAUCAGCUCCCGCUUCCUUUCUCCAUCGCCUCCUCCUCUUCUUCCUGCUCCGCUAUCGAACUUCUCUAA